CCCGGAGGCGGGAGCCCUGCCGAGUUUUCUGCGCUUGCUGGGGGACUUGAUUUAACCUAACGCACCCGGACGGAAACGUGGUCGAGCUGGCGCUCCCCGAGAUGCGGUUUCUUCUGAGCACCCUCCUGCUCCUUCCCUUGCUCUUCAUCUUCUGGUUAGAGUCGCUCAUUAAGCUUUUCAUCCCCAAGAAGAAAAAAUCAGUCGCCGGAGAAAUCGUCCUCGUCACUGGAGCUGGACAUGGAAUCGGGAGACUUACUGCCUAUGAAUUUGCCAAACGUAAAAGCAAACUGGUUCUCUGGGAUAUUAAUAAGCAUGGCAUCGAGGAAACAGCUAUGGAAUGCAGGAAACUGGGUGCCCAGGCUCAUGGCUUCGUGGUAGAUUGCAGUAACCGAGAAGAUAUCUACAGCUCUGCAAAGAAGGUGAAAGAAGAAAUUGGAGAUGUUAGUAUUUUAGUGAAUAAUGCUGGUGUGGUCUAUACAUCAGACUUGUUUGCCACCCAAGACCCUCAGAUUGAAAAGACUUUCGAAGUCAAUGUACUUGCACAUUUUUGGACUACAAAGGCGUUCCUCCCGGCAAUGAUGAGGACUAAUCACGGCCACGUGGUCACCGUGGCGUCUGCAGCUGGGCACACGGUGGUCCCCUUCCUGCUGGCUUACUGCUCCAGCAAGUUUGCUGCUGUUGGAUUUCACAGAGCUUUGACUGAGGAACUGGCAGCCUUAGAGCGAACUGGAGUCAAAACAACUUGUCUCUGCCCGAAUUUCAUUAACACUGGCUUCAUCAAAAACCCAAGUACCAACUUGGGACCUACCCUGGAGCCCGAGGAAGUGGUUGACAAACUGAUGAAUGGAAUCUUGACCGAUCAGAAGAUGAUUUUUGUCCCAUCUACUAUCCGCUUGUUAACAUUGCUGGAAAGGAUCUUUCCUGAGCGUUUCCUGGCACUUUUAAAACAAAGGAUCAAUAUUAAGUUUGAUGCAGUUGUUGGAUAUAAAGUUAAAGGAUAAUAAAUAGCUUUUCUUGCUAACUGACUUAUCUAGCUUAAAUUGAUUCUAUCAAAUAUUGAUCAGAAUUUUAAUGUUUUUACCUUUGUUUUUCCAAAUUAUUCUUCAGUGCCACCUUUUGGAUCCCUGACAGUACUCAUUUAUUACCACUUGUUAUUUAGUGUAAAACUAAUUUCAUGUAAUACAAAUAUCUUAGAAGUUGUUCUUAUGAAUAAAAAGAACAAUUUCAUAGCAAUAAUUCCCCAAAUUUUAUGGCUUACCUAAAAAUUUGUAAAUUUUAUACUAUAAAUGUUUACUUGAAGCUAAUGUUAUUUUUUAAUGGCUCUAAUGUUUUAUGUAAUUCACAUUUCUUUUUAUAUUCUUUUUUUUUUCUUUUUAUAUUCUAUUUAAAAUCAGAAGCUUUAAGUUCAUUAAAUAUAACAAAGGACUGUGCUGAGUAGCAUUUCACAGUGAAUUUCAUGAGUCUCGAACAUUUCAUCCUGCACGGUGGCAGCCAGUUUCCUGAGAGAUACCUCAUAUUCUAACACCGAACAUUUCAGACAAACCAGAGAUGGAUACACAUUGCAAGUAUAAUAAGCAUCUUUGGGAUCUCAGGCUGAGAAGUUGGAGAAUGUACUUAUAAAUGCCAACAAUAAAAAUGGACCAAACCUAAAUCUUCA